UGGUCCAACCAAACGAAGCGAGGUCCUCGAUGUGCUCAAUCGCCGUGGCGACAAGAGCCCCGCAAAACACCACAGACAUCAUCAGCACGGUUCAGUAGCAGAAUCGGUCCGAUGCGUCGUCACAGUGCGGCCGACAUCGACAGUCACCACCACAAAAUCGUCUACGAGCACCGUGACCGCGGACCCAAUCACCACCGCAAUCUCGACCGAAGACACCACCAAAACGAAGACCAUCCCCCCUGCGCUCAGCACCAUCACUGCCACAGCGGCGGCAGUGCACACAUCGACGACAACGACCACCGAAACUAUUCUUACCGUGCUCAAAACAGUGACCGCGUAAGCAUUUCAUCCCCCCAACCCCACUCACUGCUCGAGAUCCGAUCACGUCCCGCUGACAACACAACCCAAUCAGUACCACCACCAGCACCACCACAACCGCGACCUCCUUCUAUGCCGCCUGCGCCAGCAACAAUAUCCUCGGCCCCGAAUUCACGACCCCCAACGGCGCAGGCAUGUACGUGGGGCAUGACGCAGAUCGACCCGAACGCGGGACACGUAAGCAUCGGCGAGGACAGCGUGUACGAUUGCUGCGUCGCAUGCCUGACUGGCUCGGCCCUGAAUUUCUGCCAGGCCGCUUAUUUCGAGGCCGGGGUUUGUAAUGUCUACGGUGGCGAUCCCGUUUUCUGUAACAACGGUGCGGGCCCGCAGGCGCUUGCGUUGACUAUCACUACUAGCACUACGCCAGGCACCAUGGUCUUUAGCAACGGGCCGUGUGGAUUGGUCGAGGGCGUGUCGGAGUGAGGCGCAGGUUUGUAGCAAAGCAGUCGUGGCUUUGGGACUCGAGGGUUGCGCGGGGUGGAGG